AUGCCGACGGUGACAGCGACGGCGACGGCAGUGGCGGCAUUCCCACCGCACACCUCCAUCUGCUCCCUCAUCUCCUUCCUCUACCACCACCUCCGCGCGCUCCUCGCCGAUCCGAUGCAGCUCCUAGCCACAAGACGCCGGUGCUUUGCUCUACUCGCGUCAGCCCCGCGCCGUGGUUCGUCCCACUCCCACCCGGCGUCGGCUGACGACGACGACGACGACAACGCCGUCCUCGCCGCGCUCCACGGCGCCAUCGACUCGUUCCCGUCCGCCGCCGCCGACGAAGAAGGAUCCAGUUCUGCGCUCGACGACGUCGAGGCGGCGCUGCAGGCUCCGGCGCUGCUUCCGGAGGACGGCCGGACGGCGGGGCGUGAUAACCGGCGCGUCGCGGCGUGCGCCUACUUCUACCUCGCCCUCGUGCGCGCGGCGCAGGAGGACGCGUGGCAGACGGCCACGCACUUCCUGCAGGCGGUGCUGGUCUCCCCCGCCGCGGUGUCCGCCGGCGAGCUCGCGCCCGGCGCGCUCUGGGACGGGCUGUUCGACGGGGCCGUGCUGGCGCGCGCCGGCGGCGCCAGCGAGGAGGACGCGGCGCGCCGGGCGGCCAGGCGGUACAAGGACUGGCUCAUGUACUACCGGGUCGUGGCCGCCGUGCCCGACGGCGCCGGCGCCGCAUCAUCGGCCGACAGUGCCGGGUGUCUUCAGCUAGGAAAAUCUGCAAGCUCGGUCAUCCCAAGAUGGCGAAAUGUGUCCGAGGAGAGGACAAUCCAACCGUUUGGCUAUGAAGAGAAGAGCAUGGCCACCGUCUCAAACUUCUGCAGUUACGGUGGCUUCGCUGAGCUGAAGGAUUUUCUCAGCUGUGCAGAUCAAGAGUUUCAAGAAGAUACUAAGGAGAGCUCUGACAGCAGGUGCCUCCAUGAGAUACUCGAGGAGGCCCAGUCCGACUCGCCGGUCUCCUUCUACUCACAUCUUGAUUCUAGUGAAGGAAGCGAUGACGAGGCAGCUCCCCAUGAGAACGGGAGAUCAGCAAAGAUUAUGCCCAUUGAUGCAGAUUUCUUGUCAUCUAAACUCCAUGAAAGAUCAUGCCACAAGAAGAGUCUAACAUGGUGCGCUUCUCCUGAAAAUGCAAUGAUAUACGCUCCUGAAUCUCCACUUUACCUUGUCGACGACAGCGAGAUGCAACCAAACUACAUACAGACAAGCAGCUCGCACGGUUCACUGAAUAAUCUGUCAAAGUCGGUCUUUGAUCUGCACAAUGCAGACUCAUACGCCAUUUCCAAGUAUUUUAACAAGGAUGACAUUGACAUGCCUCCACAAUGCACACCCAGGAAUGAUAUCAGAUGCUUCAGCAACUUCUCAACCAAAUUCAUCAAGAGAAGUGCUCUAUCCGACCUAGUCUCUCGAGGAAGCAUGAGUAGGAAAUUCAGAGCUUUCUCAAAUAGUGAUGACUGGAGCGAUAUUACCUCGCGCUGCGGUAACAGCAGUCAGGUUGAUUUCCUUGAAAGAUUCGAGAAGGCAGUAUCUAAACUGUUGGUCUCAGAUGGGCUAGAAAGCUGCCUAGAUGCUGGCUCAGAAGUCACAACUAUAUGGCAGCUGCUGAACCAUAAUUCUGAAGUGAGACACAAAUCAUCAGUGGGGCAAGACAUUCUUGAUCAACUGUUUGAUAGCAUUUCCACAGCAAAAAAGGAAAAAGUGAUCAGAGCAUCAGUAUAUGUUCUAGUGCUUAUGAUAUCUGAAGAUAGGAAUGUAAUGAGAGGCAUCAAGAGGAAAGACUUCCAUUUAACCAAUUUAGCUACUGCACUGAAGCGAGAUGUGCAUGAAGCUGCCAUUCUGAUAUAUUUGUUGGAUCCUUCACCUUCAGAGAUUAAAAACUUGGAGCUGUUACCUUCACUUCUACAUGUGGCCUGUAAUUCUACCACUCAAAAAUGGCCUACGUUGCUCCCCCUGACACCAACAUCAGCAUCAAUAGCUCUCAUUGAGAUCUUAGUGACAGCAUUCGACUAUGUAACGAAUAAUGUCCACUUGGCCACCAUCAGUUCUCCUCCUAUUCUCUCUAAGCUUGUUGAUGUUGCAAAGAAUAACAACUUGGAAGAAGGUGUGGCCCUGGCAGCCAUUCUCGUCAGGUGUGUGCGACUUGGUGGAAACUGUAAGAAGUUCUUAUCACAGGCUACUCCAGUGGAACCUUUCCUUCAUCUUCUCAGAAGAAAAGAGCAACGUGCCAAGUGUGCGGCGCUUGAAUACUUCCAUGAGAUUCUUCAGAUUCCUCGGUCUUCAGCAAAUUCUUUGCUACAAAAAAUACGACAGCUAGGAGGAAUUGCCAUUAUGCAUACACUGAUGGCCUGUCUCCAUCAAACUGAACCUGAACAUCGGGUUUUAGCAGCUAAUCUUCUCCUUCAAUUGGAUAUGCUGGGAGAACCAGAUGGAAGGAGCGUUUUCAAAGACGAAGCAGUGGAGGUCCUAUUGGAGUCUCUAUCAUCUCAAGAAAAUUUGACUGUGCAGGCUCUAGCAGCAUCUUUUCUUUCAAAUCUUGGAGGGACUUAUUCCUGGUCGGGAGAAUCCUACACUGCUGCAUGGCUCUCAAAGAAAGCAGGUCUCACCUCAAUAUCGCAUAGAAAUAUGAUCAGAAACAUCGACUGGCUGGAUACUUGUCUUCAGGAUACAGAAAUAAGCCCAUGGAGCAAUAGAUUUGCACGAACAAUUGUAAGAAUAGGAGUACCAGCUAUCACUACUUUGGCAAAAGGAUUGCAAAGCACGGUGAAGGGAAUCUCACGUGACUGCCUUGUAUGCACCGCAUGGCUUGGAAGUGAGCUGGCUUCCUUUGGUGAAAAUGAUGGAAGAAGAAGUUAA